AUGGUGUUAAACCCUUACAUUGGUGCCAAAUACCGUCGACUGCCCUCGUUCCCCACGAUACCGAUCCCGGCCCAUGGCACACCCGUUGGACUUGCUUGUCCAGAGUGUCCACCAUCCAACACCACUUCGCUGAUCUACCCUUCAAGCAAAGACGAAACUAAGGACACCAUCAAUGUGAUCGUGGGCCUCAAUAUAAUCCUUUCAGCUUUGGACCUCCGCGUCGACGACCAGCCGCUAAUGUCGUUCCCCACCACACUCAACCAACUUCGUCACGAGAUCGCGUUGAUCAACGCCGGUGCCACCUACCCUAUUCCGUUCGAUGCUUCUGCCCACGGACCCCAAGUCAACGUCCACGGGAUGCCCCUUGCCCCUCGAACCGGUGUAGCACAGACGAGCGAGCCGUCUGGCUCCAACAAUCGACUUAAUCGAAUUGCCCCAGCCAUUGACUGUGCGCGCCCCCACAUCGGCCCAACAGCGAAGGGGCACAAGAAGACAGGUCAUACUGGCUGUACUCACCGAUUUUGCAAAUCGUGUUGUGUGGCCUUCACUCCCGCCGGCGGCUGCUAUGUCCACAGGGUCAAGGCACCUCCGCCUCAACCAGCGACCAAUCCGUCUGCCACAGCUACCCCUGCACGACUUGCGCCACCUCCCAAUCCACCGGUUGCCAAACGACCCAAACUCUUACCAGCUCAGUGCGCCCAGAGUGUUCGACGAGUUGGGCACAUGGUCAAUGACAAAGGACUUCUAGUCCUAGCUCGCGCUCGUCUCAACGUUACUCCAGCCACGCCCAGAGUGCCCAAUCCGGCCUUUUCCAAUGACGCUGUUCGCAAUCAGGGUAUUGAUCGAUCAAAGGUAGUGAGCCUCCACUUUGUCACCCGCGUAAGUGAAUCUCAUACUGUCUCAUUUGGCAUUACGCGGUUCCACAGCUCACAAAGAUGUUUGCAGGGCUCUUCAAACCCCGUAAUAUCCCAACUAUUCAACGACUGGCCCGUCGCCGUCUUCAGCAAUUCCCCAAGCCUAAUGCGUGACACCCAAGCCGCAGCCGGGCAGGCAUGGAAUGGUCACCUUGUUGUAUGGGACGAAGAAAUCAGAAACUGGCGUGAACUUGGCUUGGACAUUCCUCAUACCUACAUCGAGACGGUCAAAAAUCUCGUGAUAUGCUUACCCCACGAGCGGUCGUCCCUCAGCCUCGAGCUUCAAGAAAAACUUGAGGGAUUUCAAUUGGGUAAACCCCUGGUACCUCAAAUCAAAAUUGAGUCGACCGACUCAAACGUCCCACAAACACAAAUUUCCACCGGUUCAGUCGCCAAUGCCAACGUCCAAACUGGCUCUAUUCAAAACGCUCGAUUUCCGAAUCGCGUCCCCCCAAAUGCAACUAAAGGUACCAGGGCUGAACCCAUCUGUUUGUUGUUCGACUCGGACUCCGAUGAAGAGACUCAUCAACAAUCGUUACAGCCUUGGAGUGAAAUGCCAUCUACCCCGGCAUGUCCAUCUACCCCGGCAUCUAGUCUUCUAGGUAACCCAGCUGAAGAGGUCGACGAGCUCGACGUGAAGCCCUCUCACUCUGACUUACAUCCGCAAGAACCGGAACAUUAUGGGAGUUUAAAAGAGUGGCCAGGCAAAGAAUUAUUGGUCUCUUCAUUACUCGAUUGGUUCAUUUCAGCCGGCAUUCCUCCUCGUCGUAAGGCUCGUAUCCAACUGUGGCAUGUGCGUUUCGGUAGCAAAUAUCGAUUUUCAAAAAAAACCGUCUACCAUUAUGCGGGUUGGGUCAAACUAGUCGGAUAUGAAAGAAUGGUCCAAUGGGCAAAAGAUUUCACAGAGCGAGGCGAACACACGAUGCACAACCUCACUGUCGCUCAGACCCGACCACAUUUCCAGUCAGAGUACAACGCAGUCUGCUCUUUGUCCGGUCCGCCAAAAGAAAAAACCCAACUUGGCAUCAAAGACGAUGCCACUCAAACUACUCCUACAGCAGCUGGACCAGCUGGCCAGUCUUCUAAACGCAAAAGGUCCACCAAGGCCAAGGACACACUGACCGCCGAAGAACGCGCCUUGGACACCUCCUCAGACGAGAGCGACUGA